AUGGCCACCACCUCGGGGAACCCGCCCUGGAAGUUGGAGAAGGAAGUCGUUGUCUCUACACCCAAUUUUGAUGCUCAUUGUGUUGCUCACCUUCGUAUGGCCCAUAAGGAAGCCACGAAACAAGGAUCCAUCACCCUUUCAAUUAAGGCAGAUCUCGCUAACGCCAGCCCCGAACUACAGGUGCUGAAACUGAUUGUUCCCCCAGAAAAAAUUGAAGAAUCUGCAUUGAAAUGGAAUAGCAACGAUGACUUCCUUCCGUCUCACGUGGUUGAAGCCCAUCCAGCGCAGCCUAAGAAAAAGUCGGAAGUCUUAACACUGACUCUGAAACUCAAUCUGACUGGCAUUGUUCUUUGUCCAUCUGAGACGGAGACUUUAACGCCAGCCACGCCGGGAGAUUUGGAAUUCCAGUCCUUCGCGAAGAUCUGUCGUUCUACGUCCUUCUGUCUACACUUCUCGAAACGACAGUUUGCUAAGGAUCAACUGGGGUGGCUGGAAAUCUUUACCUCAGCCCUGCGAGCAAAGUGCCUUCGGUCGGAGUCUCUUGACCACUCUCGUCAUCGCGUAGUCGAGAAAGACUGGCGUGUCUUCAGUCUGUCCCCCAAGCCACCCCCCUACGAGGAGGAGCCACCCCGAUAUUAUGGGAAUGUCGUGUCUGAGCAAGUGGUUGGGAAACGGUGCACAGAAUCUCGGUCAAGGUCACCCAUCGACGAAAGACGAAAACGACUGCUCCUUGCAACCCCUUCACCGAUAGGCUCUCCGACCGAAGCGAAUACCCAGAGUAGUCCCUCCCUGUCGACGGCCUCAAUUCGCCCAACUUACUUUACGCGUGCUUUCUCUCCUUGCUCGAAGCGUGGAACUCUAGCGCGACUCGAGAAUGAGCUCCGUGGUCUUUCCAGUGAUCUGGUUCGUGAACUAUUAGUUCGAUCUGGACACCAACAUCUACUGGCCACACUAGACCACGUAGACUGCGAGUUGCCAUCGGAGUUUGAGAAAACCAGCUUUGCCGAGAAGGAGAUAAUUGACCGCCUCGAACGAUAUGUUGAAGAGAUGAUGGAGCACCGCAUCAUACCACAUGUCGACGAGGUGGUCAGUACUGCCGUGAGCGACCAGAUAGAAAACGAAUACAAAACGAAGGAAGCGGAGCUUGAUGAACACUUCGAAGAAGCUAAGUGCGACCUACGCAUUACGGCCAAUGAGUAUAUGGAUGAAAUCGGAGAACAAGCCCAAAAACACAUGAAAGAGAUCGAGGAUAAGCGAAUCGAGAUUGGGAUGCCUGCGAAGGAAGGCGGAGAGUCCAAUCGAUGGUUCAACGCUUCUGCUCGGUCUUUGUUGGACAGAAAGUCCACCACUGGGCUUGAGGCGGAUCCUAAUUUCAGACGCAGUUCCAUUUAG